CGUUGUCUGUCCUGCUCAGGAGAGCACAGCUGGUGUUCCUCAUGUGCUGUCAAAGCCCACCAGCACAACCCCUUCCACAACCUUCAGCUUUGGAAUGGCAAGUUCUACGAGUCUACUACCCUACGGGACCAUGGGUAUAUAAUGGAUCUUGGUCAUGGGGGACAUCCUUGCCCCAAUGCGUUGCAGCAGUCAAACCUGUCACCCUGGUCAGAUCUUGGAGCCAUGGAAGAUGUGUUUGCACACGUGGAGGGGGAUACUAUUUAUGAAACACAGUUGGGAUUGUCUAACCUGGUCAUUGUGCACUCCACUGGAGUUUACUCACACUGUGUAUCCUGGUGUCAGUGUCCUGGAGCUGAGAAGGACAGACAUCUACAUCUGCUAAAAGCAAAGUUAUUUCCUGCCAGCAUCACUCAGCCUCAAUCUGCUUUUACCUUCAAUGUGCUAGAUAACUUCCUCAUAGACGCUUUGGAGUGCAAGACCUCAGCUAUGAGUUUCUAUCAAAAGCUACGUUGUUUUACCAACAAUGCUUUCCCUCAUACAAUACCUGAUCGCUACCAUGAACUUAUGCGGGUGUCUCGUAUAUGGAGGGAUUUGGUCAAUAGAAUAAGGUUUGGCUUUGCACAUGAGUCGGACAGAUCUCCUGGUCCAGGGGAUUUAGCUCUUUAUUGUCCAGCAUGUCCCCAGCCUGGCAUCAACUUACCUUCUUCUUGGAAGGAUACCUAUGACAGUUGGUUGGUCAUGCAAAGAUAUGUUGUCGAUGGAAAUUUUACAGCUCAGCAUAUGAAGAUGAAGACUCCAGAAGAUGAUGUUUCACUAGCAGACGGAAAGGGAUACAUGGUAACAGAAGGACCUUAUGAAACUCACAUAAUAGAAUCUGUGGAAGAGAAAGAGGCGAUGCGUAACAGCAGCAAUCACCGUGCUGUGAAUGCAGCCAAUGUCCAGAGAAGCAACCUAAGAGCUACAGGAGUUGGGGCAACUGCAUGUUCUAGGCAUGGAUGUUUUGUUCCCCAUGCAGUAGUUGACUUCCAAAAGGGAGAGAGGCAAAUGAACAUGGACUAUUCCAUCUGCAACGCAUUGAAAUAUCCAUCAGAAGAUAUUGGCAGUGCACUCAUAAUCUAUGAUGUUGCAUGCCAGUGGAGUAUCCACUUCCAUGAACGGGUGAAUCAAAGCUAUCACCUGUCUCUUCCUCAAUCAAUCAAAAUAUUGCCAGCGCUGGUCAUAUUGAUGGGGAAAUCUUGGAGACCCUCUGGGCCCCUCAAAUUAUUACUUAAAAAGUAUCAUCAAGCCAUACAGGGCAUUAAAGACACUCAGGGUCCGUAUGAAGAAUCAAUGAAGUCUCUUGAUCGGGCCAAUAUCCAGAAAUGGAAGAAGGAAGCUGAACUAGCAGCUCUUCACCGAGGUGAGCUUCUCGACAUCUAUCAGCUUACAAUGGAUAAAGCUCCAACUAUGGCUGAAAUAAGGCUAAGGUUGACUGAAAACGAAGUGUCCACCAAUGGUAGGACUGGGGCUGUUGCAUGGUUGAUCGAGGGUAUCAACAUAGAAAAUGCUCAAGAUGGCCUACGUUCUUCUAUAAGACAACUGCCAGAGGAUCCAACUGCUUCUCAGAGAACUCUGAUGGAAGAAAAAAGGCAGAAACUCUUGUCUCGCAUUAAUAAGUUCCACGAGACUGCAUUGGUUAUGACAAAUGGGAUGGAAUUGGAAGGGGGAGCAGGAUUGCACCAAGAUGACCCUGAACUGUGCCUGGAGGAGGCUGAUGGAUCUAAUUUUCCAGGAAUUGAAGAGCUGGGGGAAGACAGUAUUUUGGACAUCGGAGAUGAUGCUGACUCACCUGCAGAGGUUGCUGAACUUUGGAUGCCAUCGUGGGGGACAUCUGAUCCGAUCAUGAAUGAUGUUGUCAUGCCAUUACAUCAAGAAGAACUGGAGCUUCGAAAGGGUCAAGCAAAUGACUGCCUGGAAAAGCUUCGUCAAGCUCUUGGUGACAGAUCUGUGGUGUUUCGAGAGAAAUUACACUCCAACAAAUCAAUCCAUUAUCAGGGUACUAGAUCAACAAAGGAACUUCGAAAAAUCACCUUGGCCAUCAACAAACAUGCUCGAGAAUAUCGCAGAUCAAGGGCAGCAAUGCAACGAUUAGGGGCUGAUUCUGAUACAAUGUCAUCUUAUCAAGCCCUAAAGGCUGAGGACCUUACAGUAAGCAAAGAAGUCACUGAGGAAAAUAGGCAUGGUCAGGGUUCUGAUAGGCUAGCUUGGUUUUGGAGAAUCAACAGUGCAGAGGACAGCCAGAAGAGCGAGUGGAUGAAUGAAUUCAAUUGGUUGAAAGCAAAAGCACGAUAUGACCGUUGGAGUGAAGAGCUGAAGUUGGUACAGCAUGAAAUGUGUUGGACAGUAUGGUGGUUUCAGAAGCAGGAGUCGGAGUGGAGAGCAAGGGCAGAUGAAAGCAUCAAGAAUGGGCAUAGGGCAUAUGCUGAAAAGCAGGCUUCC